AUGAGAAGUAAGAACUCUUCGGAAUAUAUCGGACUUAACUUAAGUGGAAAUGAAGCAAAACAACACAAGGAGAAGAUACGAUUCUUAAAUCUUCUCAAUGAUGUCAAAUUCAAAGAUGUAAUAGAUCAGGCUCCAUUGCUUAAAUUAAUGGAAGAUAUUUCAGCCAAUUGGAGGACAGGCUUUAAGAGUGAUGAAUCUACUAUCGAGAAACUUAAGAACAAACUCAAUAAAGAGAAAGCACUCGUCUAUAAAUACAAGAAGUCAAACCCAAACCUGAAAAAAUUAAUUAGUAAAUGUGAAAAAUAGUAUGUCAACUUAAUAAUAACUUAGAAAACGAUGAAGUAGAGACCAAGAUUAAUAUAUUAAAAUUCAAAAGAAACUUAGCUGAGUACCGUAGACAUCAGAAGAUCUCCAAAUCUCGUAAAUUAGCCACUGACCAAGCUUACAAAAAAGAACUGAAGCAGAUAUACAACAGAUGAGUGACUAAACACAACAUCAGCAAAGGGUUUUACACAUCUGAGGAUUAAUAACUCCUAAAACCUUCUCAUGUUUAUUUUCGAUAAAUCUACAUUUCAAUAU